GUGGACUGAGAACCCAUCAAGGCACACACAACACGAGAACUCAUCCCGAUCAACUCCAAAUCCUGGCUUUUCGUGGGUUUUGCUGCAACACUUAAAAGCAAACUUGUAUUUAAGACACACUCGUGCAAAAAUUUAGCUGGGGACUUGAACGUGUAUUUUGUCUUGGUUUCUUGGUCUUGGUUAUAUAUAUUUUUUUUUUUUGGUUUUUAUUUUUGCUUCACUGGAAGUCAAAAGCUUGUUUUGGAAUUGGACCUGCUCUUGCUGCACUUCUCCUCUGGGCUGGAUAACACUGAAGCUCUUUGCUUUUCUACUUGGAUAGUGUUUUCCUGUUGAUCUGUUGGUGUUUUGUUUUUUUUUUCAUCUCCUGUGUGGCAGACUUUUUUUUUUUUCUGAGGGGGGUAAACAAACGACAACAACAAAAAAAACUUAAGUUUUUUUUGGCCGCGUGAGAUUUUUUUCGUAUUCAGAUUCGUGAAAUUACGGGUACACUUAUAAAAAAAUUUAAAAAAGAAGCAUUAAAAAAAAGAAAGGAACACGUCAGAAAGACCCCUACACGGUAGACAAAAUACUCACUUGUUUCCUUACAGCAAGACUGAAUCGAAAGCUGCCAAAGAGCCCCAUAAAGAAAAGACUAAAAGGGAGAAAGAACAAGAAACACAAGAAGAGGAACAUUUGAUGGAAGAAAAGAAAAAGAAAAAGCAGGAAGAAAAGAAAAAGAAGGAAGGUGCUCAGAAAAAGGCUGCUGAACAAAAAACCAAAGUGCCAGAACCUAUUAAGACCAGUUUAAGCCAGCCCCAACCUGCCGGUACCGGUACCAGUACUUCCACCAGCACUAUUACCAACAGCAGCAAUGGCAAGCGCGCGUCUGCGAAUGGGCAGCAGCCGGCUGCGUCCCGAUACCUGCCUCGAGAGGUGCCUCCACGCUUCCGCCAGCAAGAACAGAAGCAGCUCCUAAAGCGGGGGCAACCACUGCCCGCCGGGACCCUGAGCGGCACCAGCCCCGCGCCAGGCGCGGCGCCAGCGGGGGCCAGUCCUCCUCCGCAGCAGGGAGCGGGGGGACAGCAGCAUCCCAGUAAGACCCAACCAGAUCUCAGCCACAGUGGAUUGGGAGACCAUUAUGAGAAUUCCCACUGGGGACAGCAGCCCGCUUUCAGGAGUGAAGGCAACUGCAGCUGGGAUAAAGUGAUAAUAGACAGGACUGACAAGGAAGCGUGGCCUUCCAUAACCGGAGCUGAGACUGAGUCUGCCUCAGAAUGUACUACAGACACUGACUCUGCCUCCAACUGUGGCUCAGAGAACAGUAGCAUGGCUACAGGGAGUGCCCAAGGCAACUUCACUGGACAUACAAAGAAAACUAAUGGCAAUAAUGGCGCCAACGGAGCACUCGUCCAAAGCACUUCUAACCAGAGUGCCCUUGGAGCUGGUGGAGCAAACGGCAACGGCAGCUCGGCCAGGGUGUGGGGGGUGGCUGCGGGCUCCAGCUCUGGCCUAGCUCACUGCUCUGCCAGUGGUGGGGAUGGAAAGAUGGACAACAUGAUGGGAGACGGUAGAAGUCAGAACUGCUGGGGUGCUUCCAACUCGAAUGCUGGCAUUAAUCUUAACCUUAACCCUAAUGCCAAUCCAGCUGCCUGGCCUGUACUUGGACAUGAAGGAACUGUGGGAGCAGGCAACCCUUCCAGUAUUUGCAGUCCAGUCAGUGCCAUAGGUCAGAAUAUGGGCAACCAGAAUGGGAACCCAACAGGCACCUUGGGUGCCUGGGGAAACUUGCUGCCGCAAGAGAGCACAGAACCACAAACGUCCACUUCUCAGAAUGUGUCUUUCAGCGUACAACCUCAGAACCUUAACACUGAUGGACCAAAUAACACUAACCCCAUGAACUCUUCACCAAACCCUAUCAAUGCAAUGCAGACAAACGGACUGCCGAACUGGGGGAUGGCUGUUGGCAUGGGGGCCAUCAUCCCGCCCCACCUGCAAGGCCUUCCUGGUGCUAACGGAACAUCGGUUUCUCAAGUCAGCGGGGGCAGUGGUGAAGGAAUGGGCAGUUCAGUGUGGGGGAUGUCCCCAGGUAAUCCUGCCACAGGAAACAGCAAUUCUGGGUUCAGUCAGGGGAAUGGAGACACUGUGAACUCAGCAUUAAGUGCUAAACAAAACGGAUCCAGCAGUGCUGUGCAGAAGGAAGGAAACGGAGCGAACGCGUGGGAUUCGGGGCCUCCGUCCGGUCCCGGGGUCCUGGCGUGGGGCAGGGGCGGUGGCAGCAGCGGUGUUGGUGGUGUGCAUUCUGGAGCUUGGGGCCACCCCAACCGUAACACCAGCAACGGUGUCAACGGGGAGUGGGGCAAGCCCCCAAACCAGCAUUCCAAUAGCGACAUCAAUGGGAAAGGAUCAACAGGGUGGGAUAGCUCUAGUGUUACCAGUCCGAACCCUGCCAUGCAGCAGGGCAAUGAACAAAUGAACUCUUGGGCCAAAGCUGCAGCAUCUGGCACCACGGCUAGUGAAGGAAGCAACGACAGCGGUGGGAGUCAAAAUGAAGGCAGUACUGGGAGGGAGGGGGCUGGAGAGGGCAGGAGGAGAGACAAAGGGAUGAUAGACCAAGGGCAAGUUCAGUUGCCAAGAAAUGACCUUGACCCCAGGGUCCUGUCCAAUACAGGGUGGGGACAGACCCCUGUAAAGCAAAACACUGCCUGGGAAUUUGAAGAGUCCCCAAGGUCUGAACGGAAGAAUGACAAUGGAACAGAGGCCUGGGGUUGUGCAGCUACUCAAUCUUCAAACUCAGGGGGGAAGAACGAUGGGUCCAUCAUGAACAGUACAAAUACCUCUUCAGUAUCUGGGUGGGUCAACUCUCCACCGGCAGCUGUUCCAACAAACACAGGUUGGGGAGACAAUAACAACAAAGCACCAAAUGGCCCGGGGGGGUGGGGAGAGUCAGCAAGCUCUACUACUGUUAAUAAUGCUGCUGCUGCCAAAAGCGGCCACGCUUGGAGUGGGACCGCAAAUCAGGAGGACAAAUCACCUACCUGGGGUGAACCUCAGAAACCCAAAUCUCAAAACUGGGGAGAUGGACAGAAAUCAAAUCCAAGCUGGACUUCAGGAGGUGGAGACUGGACAGAUUCAUCAUCUGUUCCUGGACACUUGGGUGAUGGGAAGAAGAAUGGAUCUGGAUGGGAUUCUGACAAUAGAUCGGGGUCUGGCUGGAAUGAUUCCGCAAGGUCUGGGACCAGUGGGUGGGGAAAUGGCACAAACAGCAAGGCUAAUACAGGUACAAGUUGGGGGGAAUCUUUAAAGCCAGGCCCCCAACAAAAUUGGGCUAAUAAACCCCAGGACAACAAUGUGAGUAACUGGGGAGGAGCUGCUUCUGUAAAACAGACGGGGUCAGGGUGGGUUGGUGGGCCAGUGCCAGCCAAACAAAAAGAGAACUGUGAGGCAACUGGCUGGGAAGAGCCAUCGCCACCGUCCAUUCGCCGCAAGAUGGAAAUCGAUGACGGUACCUCAGCUUGGGGCGACCCAAAUUACAACAACAACAAGACUGUAAACAUGUGGGAUAGAAAUAAUCCUAUAAUUCAGAGCAGUACCACAACCAACACCACCACCACUAGCACCAUUAUCAACACCAACAUGGUUGAACCUCAGCCAUCGCACCAGCCAAGUGCCCAGCCGAACCGGUCCCCGCUGCUUGGCCCAGCAGGCUGGGGAGAGAUGCCUGCUGUCCACACAAAGACCGAAGCUUCUUGGGGAGAGCCCUCGUCCCCUUCUGCUGCAGUUGAUAAUGGCACUUCGGCGUGGGGGAAACCCCCCAGCAGUGGGACCGGGUGGGGAGAGAAUCCUGCCGAGCCAGCAGGGACAUACGGAAGAACAAACACUCCAGCUGCUGCCCCAGCACUGUGCAAACCAGCUUCAAAAUCUAUGCAAGAAGGCUGGGGCAGUGGUGGGGAUGAAGUGAAUCUCAGUACUAGUCAGUGGGAAGAUGAAGAAGGAGAUAUGUGGAAUAAUACUGCUUCACAAGAGAGCAGCUCCUCCUGUAAUUCCUGGGGGAAUGCCCCGAAGAAAGGACUUCAAAAGCCCAAAACAAAUCCGCGCUUGUCCCUUGGUACUUUCUGGAGAACUGAAAGGAAGAGACUUCUUAAGGAUUUUGUGAUAGAAAAGCUGCACAGAGAUCUUUUAAAGGGCAUGAAGACAUCUAGCAAGCAGGAUGAGGCCUGGAUCAUGAACCGUCUGAUAAAACAGCUCACAGACAUGGGCUUCCCUAGAGAGCCAGCGGAAGAGGCCUUGAAGAGCAACAGUAUGAAUCUCGAUCAGGCCAUGAGUGCUCUGCUGGAAAAGAAGGUGGAAAUGGACAAGCGUGGAAUGGGAGUGACCGACUAUAAUGGAAUGGUCACCAAACCCCUUGGCUGCCGCCCACCACCAAUCUCCAAAGAGUCUUCCAUGGACCGCCCCACCUUCCUUGACAAGCUCACCCUUUCUUUCUCCAAUCAGGAUGGCGGCCUAGUGGAAGAGCCCACUACUUCACCAUUUUUGCCUUCACCAAGCCUGAAGCUCCCCCUUUCAAACAGUGCACUCCCUAAUCAGACCCUGGGCGGGAUUGCCUCAGGGCUGGGCAUGCAAAACUUGAAUUCUUCUAGACAGAUACCGAGUGGCAAUCUGGGUAUGUUUGGCAAUAGCGGAGCAGCACAAGCCAGGACCAUGCAACAGCCGCAGCAACCGCCAGUGCAACCUCUUAAUUCAUCCCAGCCUAGUCUUCGUGCUCAAGUGCCUCAGUUUCUAUCCCCUCAGGUUCAAGCACAGCUUUUGCAGUUUGCAGCAAAAAACAUUGGUCUCAGCCCUGCACAGUUAACCUCGCCAAUUAAUAAUCCUCAGCAUAUGACGAUGUUGAACCAGCUCUAUCAGCUGCAGCUGGCGUACCAACGUUUACAAAUCCAGCAGCAGAUGUUACAGGCUCAGCGUAAUGUUUCCGGACCCAUGAGACAACAGGAGCAGCAAGUUGCACGUACAAUCAAUAACAUGCAGCAGCAGAUCCAGCAGCACCAGCGCCAGCUGGCCCAGGCCCUGCUUAUGAAGCAGCAGCCUCCCCCUCCACAUCUAUCUUUGCACCCCUCUGCAGGCAAAUCAGCCAUGGAUAGCUUUUCACCCCAUCCCCAGGCUCCCGGCCUACCUGACCUGCAGACCAAAGAGCAACAGUCUUCACCGAACACCUUUGCUCCUUACCCUCUUGCUGGACUGAACCCGAACAUGAAUGUAAAUAACAUGGACAUUACUGGUGGUUUGUCAGUGAAGGACACUUCUCAGUCCCAGUCUCGCCUUCCUCAGUGGACACACCCCAACUCAAUGGAUAAUCUGUCUAGUGCUGCUUCUUCUCUUGACCAGAACUCCAGCAAGCACGGUGCUAUACCUGGAGGUUUAAGUAUUGGUCCUCCAGGAAAGUCCUCCAUUGAUGACUCCUAUGGCCGGUAUGAUCUGAUUCAGAACAGUGAGUCUCCUGCCAGCCCACCCGUAGCUGUUCCUCACAGCUGGUCACGUGCCAAAUCCGAUAGUGAUAAGAUUUCCAAUGGCUCCAGCAUAAACUGGCCACCAGAGUUUCAUCCAGGAGUGCCAUGGAAAGGACUGCAGAAUAUUGAUCCUGAAAAUGACCCCGAUGUUACUCCUGGAAGUGUUCCAACUGGGCCUACCAUAAACACCACGAUACAGGAUGUUAAUCGCUAUCUCCUCAAGAGUGGAGGGUCAUCCCCAACAUCAUCUCAGAAUGCCACGCUGCCUUCAUCGAGUGCCUGGCCGCUUAGUGCCUCCGGCUACAGUAGCUCUUUCAGCAGCAUUGCAUCUGCACCUAGCAUUGCAGGUAAACUGUCAGACAUCAAGUCCACGUGGUCCUCUGGCCCGAUCUCUCACACCCAAGCCUCUCUGUCCCACGAACUCUGGAAGGUACCCAGAAACACUACGGCUCCGACGAGACCCCCUCCAGGCUUAACCAACACCAAGCCAUCAUCCACGUGGGGAGCCAGUCCCCUGGGCUGGACCAGCUCUUACUCCUCUGGUUCUGCAUGGAGCACUGACAGCUCAGGGAGAACAAGCAGCUGGCUGGUUCUUCGGAACCUCACCCCCCAGAUUGAUGGUUCCACACUGCGGACACUGUGUUUGCAACACGGCCCUCUCAUAACAUUCCACUUGAACCUGACACAAGGGAAUGCUGUGGUCCGAUACAGUUCCAAGGAGGAAGCAGCCAAGGCCCAAAAGUCUCUGCACAUGUGUGUCCUGGGAAACACUACCAUCCUGGCCGAGUUUGCUGGUGAGGAAGAAGUGAACCGUUUCCUGGCGCAGGGCCAGGCGCUGCCGCCCACCUCCAGCUGGCAGUCCAACACUGGAUCCACCCAGACCCGCCUGGGCUCCUCCGGCAGCUCCCACGGGCUGGUGCGCCCCGACACCGGCCACUGGAACCCCCCCUGCCUGGGGGGCAAGGGCAGCAGCGACCUGCUGUGGGGGGGGGUCCCCCAGUACUCCAGCAGCCUUUGGGGCCCCCCCAGCGCCGACGACGGCAGAGUCAUCGGGAGCCCCACGCCUCUGAAUACUCUCCUCCCGGGGGAUCUUCUCAGCGGGGAGUCCAUCUAGGAAACGGGAGAGAAAACAAAAUGGAAAUAACAAUCAUCAGCACUAAAGGAAAAAAAAAAAAAUUUAAAAAAAAAAAAAUAAAAAAAAAUUGUAACCCUUUCCAGUCCCGGGCUCGAUGAAGAAUCCAGCUUUAACCCAUGAGACUGGCAGCCCUCCUUAGUACCUCUGUCCAAUAUCGAAUCCGAAACUGCAGAAGUCCUUGUGAACUGUUCCUGAAACAGUAUGGGCUCCUUUUGGUCAGUGUCACAUGCUAAUGACAGGUUUUAUUGUUUUGUUUUGGUUUUUUUUUUCAUGGCUUUUUUGUUUUAUGUUGUCUUUUUAUGUUUGUAUGGUGAUUUUUUUUUUUUUUUCAAAACCAAGUAUAAAAGCUGCUUAGGAUAGGUCUAUCAUGAAGGGCACUUUUCAGAAUUUGGGCUGGAAAGGGUUAUUUUAUCAACUUCGGGGGGGUGGGAAGGGGAAAUGAAAGCCUAUUUAAAUGAGCCUGUGACUAUUAUGCACAUUACAGAGGCGGACCCAAUAAUCAGAAAGGGUGAAGUGUGAUAUUUACCAUUGGUACAGAAAAGUGACGAAUCCAAGUUGGGAACUAUGGACUGUACAGGUUGAGUGGGGGGGAGGGAGGGCAGGGUUGGGGUAUCUCUGUGUCCACUACUCCCAUGGAUCUGCCUAUGCACAUUGCCCUUGUUUCAUUACUUUUUCAUGUCAUUUUUUUUAAUCCCAAAAAUAUAUUAAAAAAAAAAGUAAAAAAAAAAAAUCAACAAAGAAACAAAAAAAAAUUUAAAAAAAAAAAAGGCAACAAACCAUAUCAACAUGCAAAUACUUGAAUCCAGCAGGCCAAUAACAAAAUGUGAACACUUUCUGAGUUGAAUUAUUACACUUCCAGGUCAGCAUCAGUACACAAAAAACAGGCUCUAAGAAUUUUUUUUUUUUAAAAGUUCAGACUCUAUGUUUUUGUUGGGACAGAUGUGAGUGUGCCUGUGUGUGUGUGUGUGUGUGAGUGUGUGUGCCCACGUGUGGUUUAACUCAACGUGUGAAGUUUUUUCCUUUUGAUUCAGUAUAUGCUUUUUAUUUGCUCAUUGGUCAAAUGUUUUAAUUGUUAUUAGCUUCUAACUUUGCACUGAGUGUCCGCAGCCCUUCUUGUAGCUAAUCCUGUAAUGGUUAAAAAAAAAAAAAAAGGACAAAAAAAAGGAAAAAAAAAAAAAAAAGAAAAAAAAAAAAAGGAAAGAAA